GUGCAGCUUUCCACUGCCUUUUUAGCUCUUUGUCGACUACAACGACCUUUCCUGCUGCGGCUGCGGCUUUCUGGAUUGCUUUCGCGUCUCGGAUCGCUUUCUUCAGUAGACUAUGCCGAGACUUCCGUUCACGACGUAGUUUCUCUCGUUUCUGACCACGUAGACGUUUACGUUGAAGACGUGCGGCUUUUUCGAUUAGACGCUUUUUCGAGCGGAUCUUUCGUUUUAAUUUUUCAAUUCGUAUCGCUUUCUCAGCUGCUAAUCGUUUCUUUUCGAUUUCUUCUCGUGCACGUACCGCUUCCAAUUCUUUCUCAAAAACCUAAAUAG